CGAUUGGCAUUUGCAAUGGGCAUCAUCAUGGUGGUCAACCAGCUUCACACUGCGAUAAGGCUACUGUUAGCCUGCUUCCUCCUUCAUUCUGCUUAUGGACAAACAUCAGGACCAUAUUUCAUGGUGACAUUUCCUGCAGUAAUAGAGUCUGGCUCUACUGCCACAUUGUGUGGAAGUGUUCUGAAGCCUAAUGAGACUCUUCAAAUGAACAUUUAUCUGGUUCACAACAACCAGAUCAGAACACUUUUCCAAGAGACAGUGGAAAAAGAGAUUCACCAAUGCAUUAAAUUUGUGGCUCCACAGGUUGAGAGUGAAUCCGUGCAGGAGAUCAAAGUAGAAGUCAAAGGCAAAAGCUUUAAGAUGACAGAGAUAAGGAAAGUGAAGUUUAAAUCCUACAGCACACUGGUAUUUAUUCAGACUGAUAAACCUAUCUACAACCAAGGCCAAACAGUGAAUUUCAGAAUUGUUACAAUGGAUUCAAAUUUUAUUCCUCUUGAACAAAGGUACAGCACAGUAACUCUUGAGGAUAAUCGCCGUAACAGGAUUGGCCAGUGGACAGAUGUUUCUUCAACAGGCCUGAUACUGCAGCUUUCUCAUGAGCUAAAUUCUGAAGCCCCACAGGGCUAUUAUACAUUAAAUGCUAAAAUUGAAAAUAGGUUGAUCUCUCACUAUUUUAAGGUGCAAAAGCAUGUUUUACCCAAGUUUGAUAUUACGGUAAAAGCACCAAAAGAACACAGUGUUGGUGAGGAGGAACUGGAGCUGGAGGUUUGUGGAAAGUACACUUAUGGACAACCAGUACCUGGUACAGCACAUGUGCAGGUGUGUCGUAAAUUUGGACGGCAUUAUCUUCAUCGUGAGGAUACCCCAUUUAUUUCUCCAUGUCUGACUGAAACAGUAGAGAUGAGUCAGGUUGGUUGUGCUUUUGUUAGACUGAACGUAUCGGCUUUCAUGAAUUCUGAAUUUGAAAAUAAUUUUGAGGACAAACUUAAUGCUACUAUUACAAUGACAGAGGAAGGAACACAAUUUUCCAUGGUAAAAUCUAUAAUCAUAGAACUUACUUACCAAAUCGGCAAAGUGGAACUUUUGGAUUUACCAAAAAGCUAUGAACGGGAAGGAGUCAUAGAAGGAAGAAUUAAAGUUACCACCUUCAGUGGAAGACCAGUUCCAAAUAGGAAGGUAUAUCUUUCAGAAGGUACACGAUGGGCUCAGAAGAUACUACUUAAUCUUACUACAGAUAGUAAUGGAUUGGUGAAUUUUUCAGUCCCAUCACCUCAAUAUCCUACAACAGAGAUGACAUUGGGGGCAAGUGUCUAUCCAGUGGUCAAACACCAUGUAUACAAAACAACGUUUUUUUCAAAUGGUGAAGCACAUAUACAGCUGCUCCAGCCUGCUACAGCUUAUAGUCCAGUAUUCAGUGAAUUGUCAAUAGAGAGCUUAGAAGAACCUUUAAAGUGUGGUGCUGACAUUUCCAUAACCGGUAACUACUACAUUGUUGGGGAAACUACUGAAAAGUUCAGCAUUGAUCUUAUAUACAUGGUGUUAUCUAAAGGAGCCAUAGUUUAUCAUCAGCAUGAGAAAGUUGAUGUGGAAGCCUCUCCAGAUGUCAGAAAAGAAAAAUUCACAUUCAAAUUAUCUGUUGUUGCUGGGCUGGCCCCUGUAGUGCAGGUUGUGGUGUACUCUGUCCUGCCCAGUGAGAAUGUCAUCGCUGCAAGCAAGAAUUUUGAUGUGGAAAAAUGUUUCAAAAAUAAGGUUUCACUACAGUUCUCUCCUUUUAAAGCAGUACCUGGUGAGAAAAACACACUUGAGCUUAGGGCUUACCCUGGUUCACUGUGUGGUCUCAGUGUUGUGGAUCAGAGUGUGUUCAUUUUGGAGCCAGAUAAUCGCCUUAACUUAAAAAAGAUAUAUAAUCUUUUGCCAGUGACAUAUGUAUCAGAUUAUCCCUAUGGGGUUGAAGAUUCUCAAGAGUGCUUGCAUGUUAGACCUGGACGAGACACACGGAUUGAGCAUGCUUAUAAAACAUUAAAGGGAGUGGGGCUGAAGAUGGCAACAAAUUUGGCUAUUAGAGCUCCUCAUUGUUUGGUGUACAAAGGCGAGCAAUAUCAUCGCAGAUAUGGGGAGCAUGGGUCACGUGGUCAGUUUGAUUAUCAAACUGGGGCAUCUAGAAGAGACAUUGAGACAGCUCGCAAAUUCUUCCCAGAAACGUGGUUAUGGCAGCUGACUAAAGUGGGGGACUCAGGAUCAGUACAGCUUCCUGUCACUGUUCCUGACACCAUCACCACUUGGGAGACAGAGGUUUUCUGUGCGUCCUCUCAGGGUCUGGGACUGGCUCCUCCUGUUCAGCUUACUGUAUUUCAGCCCUUUUUUCUGGAGCUCUCGUUACCCUACUCUAUUAUCAGGGGAGAAGUUUUUGAGUUGAAGGCCACGGUCUUCAAUUAUCUUUCGAAAUGCAUUAUGGUUAAAGUGACUCCAGCCCUUUCCCUAGAGUACAAACUGGAACCUUCUUCUGAUGGCGAGUAUUCCUCCUGCCUGUGUGCAAAUGGCAGAAAGACCUUCAAAUGGACGCUAAUUCCCUCUGUACUUGGAGUCUUGAAUGUGACAGUGAGUGCAGAGGCAGAACAAUCCCAGGCUGUGUGUGACAAUGAGAUUGUGAGUGUUCCAGAGAGGGGCCGUAUUGACACUAUUACACGAAGUCUGAUUGUACAGGCUGAAGGAAAUGAGAAGACCAGGAGCCAGACCUGGUUAUUAUGUCCACAGGGAAAGAGUGUCUCUGAAGAGUUAGAGCUGAAUCUUCCUGAAAAUGCAAUACAGGGAUCAGCACGAGCUUCUGUUUCAGUACUUGGAGACAUACUUGGCCGUGCAUUAAAUAAUCUGGGUGGACUGCUGAAGAUGCCAUAUGGCUGCGGAGAACAAAACAUUGCUCUCCUUGCCCCAAACAUCUAUAUUCUUCAGUAUCUAGAAAGCACUGAGCAACUCACGACAGCUAUCCUUGAGAGGGCUACUGGUUUCCUUAAAAGUGGCUACCAGAGGCAGUUAAACUAUAAGCAUUUUAGUGGUGCAUAUAGCACAUUUGGCAGAGGAGAGGAGAAUACAUGGUUAACUGCUUUUGUCUUGAGGACGUUUGGAAAAGCACAACGUUAUAUCUUUAUUGAUUCAGAAAUCAUCUCUAGUGCAAAGAAAUGGCUCAUAAGUAUGCAGAGAUCAGAUGGGUGUUUUAGAAGACAGGGGAGUCUGUUCAAUAAUAGAAUGAAGGGUGGUGUAAAUGAUGAUGUGACUAUUACUGCCUACAUCACGGCAUCAAUGCUCGAACUAGGUGAUAAAGUCCAGGAUCCUGUUGUGAAUAAAGGACUUAUGUGCAUCAAGUCAUCUGUUAGUAAUCUGGCAAACACCUACACCACUGCACUUUUAGCCUACACUUUUAGUCUGGCUGGAGAGAAAGAAGCUCGGAAGCAGCUACUAGAAGAGUUGAAUAAUGUUGCAAUUUCAGGAGACGGUCAGCUUCACUGGUCUCAGUCAGCGUCAGAUGACUCUGGUGCCUUGUCAGUGGAAAUCAGUUCCUACGUGCUGCUAGCUGUUCUCACAGGCCAACACACUGCUGCUGAUUUGGGUAAUGCUAGCAGGAUAGUCAGCUGGCUAGUGAAGCAGCAAAACCCUUAUGGAGGAUUUUCUUCCACCCAGGACACAGUCGUAGCUCUUCAAGCUCUGGCUCUCUACUCCACUAAAGUGUUUGGUUCAGAUGGCCCUAGCACAGUAACUGUAAAGUCAGCAAAUGGACACAGUUACACCUUUGAUGUGAACCAGAAUAAUAAGUUGCUGUACCAAGAAAGGUCAUUACAGGAUAUUCCUGAAAAAUACAGCAUUGAGGUGAAGGGCUCCAGCUGUGUGUCAGUGCAGACAGCACUUUUCUACAAUGUCCCCACACAUACUGAAACCAGUACACUGAGUAUCACAGCUAAGACUGAGGGAAACUGCACAAAAUUAUUAGGACAAACAUUGACCCUCAAGUUCACUGUUGGAUUUAACGGGGCACAAAACAGCACUAACAUGAUCAUAGUGGACAUCAAACUCUUAUCAGGGUUCACAGCAGAUCCUGGUGAACUGAAAAACAGAAUCUUUGUGGAACGAGUGGAUUCUAAAGAUGACCAUAUUAUCAUGUAUAUCAAAGAGCUCCCAAGGAAUGUUCCUAUCAACUACGAGCUACACAUUAAACAGGUCCUUCUUGUUAAGAAUCUUAAUCCAGCGUUAAUCAAAGUGUAUGAUUACUACCAAACAAGUGACCAGUCUGAGGUGGAGUACAAUUUUCCCUGUUUGUAGCGCUUCACACUGAGAUGGAAGAUCCUGGAAAUCCUUUAUAUGUGUGAUAUAUGGUGGUACCUUUUCCUGAUUUAAAAAAAAUUGUUAAUGAAAUAAAAUGUUCUUCAAAUGGCUUA